GCUCAUCUCUGCACUCAAGCUCAAGCUAGCGCAGGCGAACGCUGACCUCGAGAGUCUAGAGGCUGUAGCAGCAGAGAUCCAGUCUCUGCGUUCCACUCUACAGUCGCUGGACGGCGAGGUCCGUGGAGCGUACGUGUUCGGCGAGGACGCCGCGGAGCAGACUUUGCAAGAACUCGGCGCCCGAGUGGACGCCAGCGUCUGUCGCGUCAAGAAGCUCGGCGUCGACACCAAGCAGCGCUACACCGCCGCACAGCAGCUUGUGCCCACCGAGCUCGCUCAAGAGCUCACUUCCUUGGAACUGCUGUCGGAGGCCGUGAACGCCGCCAUGGAGGAAAAGGACCGCGAUCUGAAGCGGGCGCGCACCGUGCGCUCGGACUACGUCCGCGACGUGGACGCGGUGACGGCCUGGAUCCAGCGCGCUGAGCUGCGCGUCCAGGACCGCUCCGCCGAGCCUCAGGUGCUGCGUGACCACCUGCAGCAGGUACAGGCGGAGAUCGGCGCCACGGAGGACCGCCUGGAGCGGCUCAGCCGCAACGCGCGCACCAUCGCGGAGAACACGCAGGACGAGGCGGAGAAGGCGCGCGUGCAGGCCACGGUGCGCACGCUCACGGAGCAGCUGCAGCAGGUGCGAACCUGGCUGCACGACAAGAAGCAGCAGGUCGGGGACUCCCUGGACGCGUGGGCGAGGUUCAUGUCGCUGCACCAGGCAGUGCUCGCCUGGGUGGAGGAGCACACCAAGUUCCUGGCGACCCCACUGCAGCUCAGUUCGUUGACGCAAGCUCGCCAACGGCUGCACGACUACUCAACUGCCCUACGUAGCAGCAAGCAAGCCGGCAAGAACUUGAGCGACAUGUCUCGCGAACUGGAACAGAUUGGACAGGUUACGGCGGUCGGAGAUUUGCCGGAAAAGCUGCAGGCUGCCGAAGAAGCCAAAAUGAAAGUGGAGGCAUUGCUUUUGGAAAGGAAUGCCCUCUUACAAGAAACUAGUGAAGAAUGGGAAAGGUGUGAAAGGAAAAUGAAGGACGUGCGAUCGUGGAUGGAGAAAACUCAACAGUCCCUAGAUUCUCCUCAGAAUAGAAAACGGCCCCUGCGUGACCAGCACGCAAAUAGAGAAAAAAUGUUAGCCGACGCCUCAACUCAGAAAACUAAAAUAGCCCUAUCUGUUGAGAAACUGCAGAUUCACUUUAGGUCUGGAGUUGGUGGAAACGGAAAGGUGACGGAGGAAGCCAGCCAAUUAAUUAACGAACUCGACCGACUGAUGAAUGACAUUAAGGAGCAAACCACCACACUUGAAGCAUGCUUGUCGCAAAUCGACCAGUACCAACACGAGAUUCAGCAGCUCAGAACACAAAUUGUGUCUGUUGAGGCGCAACUGCGGUCAGCCCUCAGCCCCAACUACUCACCACAUGACAGAGAUCGAGCUCUACACGAUCAAAACGACAUGCGCGUGCGGGUGGAGCUCCUCUUGGACCAUAUUCUACGCAUAGAUCCAAACUGGUCUGAGAGUGGUACGGGUGAGGCCGCAACUCGUCAUUUUGCUCUUGUAGAGCCUGAUAUUUCGUACGCUGACAUCGCUGCUGGUCGUAUUAGUCCCUGCCCAGUAGAGCAGCCAGAAAACAAGAUGCUCAAGCUUUCUUCUAAUGCCUUCCAAAUUUCGAACGAAAAUAAACCUGACGCCAAGCCCUUAUCAGCGCGUCAGAAAACGACGGAAACAUCCCGUUUUUGUGAGGCGAUUUCGAAUAUUUUUGCCCCCGAACUUAAAACAAGUGUGAAGACCAAAGACGUCUCCAGUGAUUUGCAACCUCUGAUGCAGCGACCUAUGACACCACCAACAAUACCAAAACAGACAUCAAGCUCUCCCAAAGAGAGCAAGAGGAUUAGAAAGAGCGUAAAGGAAAGCCGUAGAUCGCCUAGUCCUUCACUAAGGUCUGCUGAAAAGAAAGGAGACAGCCGCGGCCGAACGCGUUUGCCCCAAAACGAGGAAGUCUUAGAAUGCCUUGCCCUCCCACAAACUUUCAGGGGCCGUUCGCCUAGUCCGUUGUUUAUUCCGGGUGAAACAGCAUCAUUUGCUCAAGUCCUAAGAAGCCGCAACACUCAAGACCAGCAAAUAAGUGACGCAGCUAUCCACGACAAUGCGUUUCAUUCAAAAUACAUUUUUGGCGAAGCUGGCUUUGAAACUGGCCUUUCUGAGAAGCAAACAGACUGUGGUUUCGAAGUACAUCAUGCCCCUGCUAUAAGUACAUCAGGUGGUCUGAAAUCUGAAGCACUCUUUCCUAUGCAAGGAUUUGAAGAUAAUCAAGAAAUUCCUCGAUACUCUUACUCGACAAGUUCAAGCCUUCCAGUUUUAUGUGACCCUACUCCUACUGCCUCUGCAUUGCCUGCAGCACCAGUCUCCCUUUCGGGUGACACGCCGGAGUUCUUUCCACGAUCGGUUCAGCCCCACUUACCAUUGUUCGAUGAAAACGAAUUUAACGUGAAAGAGUCCGUUUGUGAUUCUCUGACAGCUACAUCUGAGCAGGCAGUACCAAAAAAUAUCCAAGAUUCUAGUAGGAUACAUUUUGAUUCGUUGGACACUACAAAUAGUGCCUCGGUAGGUGACAAUGAGCACAAUACUAGCCAAUUUUCUUACGCAAGCAUUCUGUCGCAAGGCUUACAAUCUUUUCCAACUCAACAAGAAUCUCCGGGAGUCGUGGAAGUCAUUACUCCCAAGAAGUUCACUUCCACUGCCGCCCGCAAAUCGGUAUUACCUUCCAAAAAUCCUGUGGAAAACGACGAGUCCCAGAAGUGGCAAAUGCCGAAGAAAAAGUCGACAAAACAUGAAAAGGUUGUUGCUCACCCCCAAAUCCCUGGCUUAGUCCUAUCGGAAUCGUCUCCAAAAAAGAAGGGGCUAGUCAAGCAAUUUAAUCCAAAGGUAACAGACCAAGAAUCUCCUGUGGCAGAGGAACCAAAGGAGUUGGUAGGAAAAUACGAAGCUGUAGAGAAGGAGAAACAGGUAUCUCGUACAAGGCAAUCAAAGCGGAAAGCCAUGCCGGCUAAAUCCUCCAAAAGCAAGGACGAAGAUGAAAUCGAAAAAGCGUUAAAAGAGAUAGAGGCAAUGGAAAAAAAUAAAAAGAGAUCCAACAAGCGGCCCGGAUCAAAAGCCAACAAAACUGCUGUCGUUAUGGAAGCUCCCCAAAUAAUUGAGCCUAGUGAAACAUCUGUUACAGAAAUAAUACCGCAGUUCAUUAGCACGGACAGUGCAUUGACUACAAAGUCAGUACAAACCAAGAAAAAAAGGAAGCAGCGGAAAACUGGAGGUAGUGUCCAAGCUGGAACUGAUACGACUCAUGCGGAAAAGGAACAUGAAAAUUUGGCUGGAACUGAUUUAGAUAAGUCUGAUGCAAAAGAUGUUUCAUUUGAAACCACGCACACAUCAAAGAAGGCUAAACAGAAAGGUGCAAAACUUGUGUCUUUCAGUCAACCUCCUGCCACUUUGAACUUGGACGUCAAUAAAAAUAGAGAAAACGGCGUUGAAAAUGAAAGCCCUAAAGAAAAAGUAACUAAUACUGAGCCAAGCAACGGCUUACUAAAUGCAUUGACUAGCGAUCCACGUCCCUCUAAAAAGUCAAAGAAAAAGAAGGCGUCAGGGAUAACUGCUUCCCUUCCAAAACCAGAAAAUGAUGCCCAAAAUGCCUAUUCAUUACCUGUCAAUACUCCAGCCAUAAAAUUAUCUGAGUCUGUUGCCCCAGUCAAUGUUUUGUUACCGGCUGACGACAGCUCUUUAGAAGAUAGAAAAAAAUUGUCAACGGAAAAGGUAGCAAGUACGCCAAAAAACAAAACGGACCGUAAGAAACUUUGUACUGCAGAAACUUUGCCGGCAAAGGUGGAAAACACCAUAUCAGGUGUGACUACAGAUGACAAUAACACGAAUAUAAGAGAUCAAGUCAGUGAUGGUGGUAGACUGGACAAAAAGCGCAAAUCAGAUAAACAGAAAAAAUCAUCAGGAGGAAUUGAUGAAGCCCCUAAACCUUUAGAGCAGCAAAGGAACAGUGAAUCUUGUAAGAAAGAAAGGUCUCACCUUCCUUCCUCUGAGUCAUUAAUUGAAAAGGAUUGUUCUUCAGAUCAAAAUACAGUGGGAACUAAACCUUCUAAGUCCCUUAAUGAAACUACCUAUAAUCCAGAAGAUCGGGAAACCCUUGAGGAAAUGCCAAAAGGGGUUGAAAUACUUUCAGAAGCAGUGGCAAAACGCUUACCAGAAAAAUGCUCUGAAGAACUGACAAAACAAGGAAAGAGCCUUCAAAACCCUUCUGUUUCAUCCAAAGUUGACUCAACGGCACAAAUUGUUGAGGGCACUAAUGUGACCGAAAAGCAGAAAUGCGUUAAAGCAUUAAAAAAGGCUAAAGACGCCAACACCGAUCAGCAAGCGGGCGCUAACAUUGACAAUGGUAACAGUUUAAAGAAAAGUGUGAACAUAGCGUCUCAAAAAGUCUCAAGUCCUCUUGCAAGUGGUUCUGAUUCUAAGAGUACACCGUCAAAGCAAAAGACUGAUCCAACAGAAGUGAACAGCCUGGAAAUAAAUGAUGAGGGACCUAUUCUUGUUGUUAAAGCUUCACUCGAGCCACUUGGAAAAUCGCGACCAACAACACAGCAAAAUAUUCAAAAUGCAGUAAAGAAGCUUUCCGUAGCAAUGGAAGACCUAGUCGACCAUUCGGAAGUUGCGGCAGGAAGUAGGGAACAAAAAGAGGAAAAGGAAAUGCUGGCACUUCUUGAAAGUGUGAAGGCAGCUGAAUUGGCUAAUAGCGCUCCAUUGCCUAUAUCUUCUAAGUUAACAUCAUACCCUCCAUCUACCUCAUCGGCAUGCAGUGAAAAUUCACCAAAACCUUUCGCCAUUAAGCUAGACACGACCUGUGAUGACUGGUUAGCUGCUCUUGAAGAGCCUAUCACAUUGGAGGACGAUGAAGAUGACGUUAUUACUGAUUGUGCAGACCAGAAACAAGAAAAUGAUGCAAGUCAUGAUUCUCCUGAACCAAAACCUGUCUGUAUUCUUUCUAGUGUCAUCCAACAGACACAACCUGUCAUAAUGAAACUUGGCAAUACAAGUGAUGACUGGUUAGCCGCUCUUGAGGAACCUAUUAUUCUUAGCGACGACGAUGAGGAUCUACGCGCAGAACAAUGCAAUGAAAGUUUGGAAAAGGGUAAAGCAACGGCAAUGAUCCUGAGCGGCUGCGAAGCCCCUCAAGAAGUGAUAAAAGUAGGUAGUUCCGCUAAGACUGGUGGGUACAAACUCGAAUCAUCGACUAAUGACGAUGCAAUUACUUCAAAAGUUAAACCCAACUCCCCUGCAUCUCCGUCUGGGCCCAGAAAGCAAGGAACUGACGGUAAUGCAACACCUUCAACCGUUGGCCUUGCCUUUGAACCAACCCCACCAGUGCCGUUUGUAAUAAAACUGGACAGUUCAAGUAAUGAUUGGCUCAGUGCUCUUGACGAACCAAUCACGUUAGAUGAUGAAGAUGAUGAUUCGAAGAACAUGAAAACCUCAGGAGUAUUGAACGACACGGAUUCAAAUGUGGGUGCGAAUGAAAUUGGAAGUUAUUUAUCUAAAGAUCCUAUUAUCUCAAGCUCAUUUACAGACUCUGUUACCCCCCAAAAAUUAGAUGUAAUGGCCCAAGAGCGAAGUCCUUCUCCACUGCAGAGACGAGACACCAGAAGGCCUAAAAAGCUUGCUGCAGAAACCACACAUACUGUCGGACAAGCGGGUAUAUUUGGGUCGGUGAAGGCAAGAUCAAAAAACCCAAGAAAGAUAAUAGAUCAAAAUCCACUGACAGGAGAAACUCGGCAUUUGAAUGCUGCGGAAGUGCUUGAUCCAAAAGAAAAACAAUCUGAAAUAGUCGUUUCUGGAACCUUAACAGCUGAGCCAUCAGUUUCAUUUCAGCAGCUUUCCAGCUCAACUGGGAAAACAAAGGAAGAGCGCCAACAUGCCGACUCCGCUGUAUCCCGUGAGCUGCACCCAGGCACACCUGACAAAACUGAGGAAAAGAAUCAAAGUGAUAGAUCUGCUGAGCUGCUAAUGUCUUCUGAGCUACCUCCUCGCUUAGCUGAUGAAAAUACUGAAAAAAUUAAAACUGUGAUCGAGAAAGAAGCCUUUCUUCCUGAUGCACCUAAAGGAUCUAACAAGAAAUUUGAAUGCUUUGAUGUGGAUUUCUGGCAAGAUAAAUGGGCAUGCCAUGAAGCAGAAAAGAAAUGGCAAACAAAACUUGCCAAACGGACUAACGCAACGGACUUGACGGACACGUUUAAACCUACUAACAACGACCCGGACAUUGACGGAAAACAGAAAAAGACAGCUGAGGAGCCGAAUUCUAGCAAAAAAGGGGAUCAAGGUGCCCAGCACGUUAAAUCCAAAAAUGGGUCAGACGUGUCUGGCAGCACCCUCGGCAAAGUUCACACAAUAAAUGCAAGCCUGCAGGAAACCUCCCAAGGUUUACAGCUUGAUUCGGAGUCCCUUUGCACCACCACUACUUCUGGUGCCUUGCCCAGUCCAUCGUCUUCUGUGAAUUUGAAGGAUAAAAUUGUUCGGGAUACAGCGAUGCUGGCCGCUGCUGUCGCCCAGUCAGAAAAGGAAUUGGAGGCGCUCCCUGCACAUAGUCUUACUGCCAUGCACGGUGAACUUGAGCGAAUUUUGUCGGAGUUAAUGGUAAAAGACGCAGUUGCCGCUCGCGUGCAAGACAACUUGGACUGUUUGCCUCAAGAUGAAGAGACGUUAGCUCUGUCCCAUGGUUUGUCAGAAGUUCGAGCUCAUCUUGCUGAACUAGUCACUCAUCUCUUACAAGGACGUGCGGCAAUUCAGAACGCUGAACAUCGUGGCAUGUCAAGAGAACAGUCCCUGACGCAGUACCAAGCACUUCUUGCCGAUCUGGAACGUUGGUUCUCAUCUGCCAGCCAGCUUGUCAGUGCCAAUGUGCAAGAUAUCCCUGUUGCAGAACUUCAAAAUCAACUCUCCGCUCACAAGCGGCUUGGUUCUGAGCUCCGACAUCAUGAAACUCGGUUACAACAGCUGUCCGAUAUCUGCGCGGCUCUGCAGCGGCAACCCGACACACAACACCUGGCUCCUAGCCUUCUGUCACAAUUGACAUCACUCCAAGAUGCUUUCCAGGAACUCAGUGAUGUAGUUCCAGCUCGCAUCGCUGCCCUACAGGCGUCACUGUUGGUGUUAUCACCAGGAAGUACCAUUUCAUCUGGUGCUUCACCGAUCCACUCCGAAGAAAUGCCGGCACGUGGCAAAGAUAUAGGUUCGCAAACAGGGGACAGCCUCCGUGGACCGAAAAGUCAAUCUGCACAGACUGAUUCUCUGCAAAGAAGUCAUAUUCAGGUUUUGAAAAAAGUAGACGGAGAUCAUGAAGUAAUUGAAUUUGUUACUAUGCCUGAUAUUUCCACUUCCACUUCUUAUUUGCCAAGUACCUCUCCAACAUCAUCUCUGCCUCUGAAAAAUGAUGAUUUAUUGGUUCAAGUUAAAUACAAGGAUAAGCACCAAGCCGAAGGUUUGCUAGAUAAUUUACAAUCGGAGUUAAGUAUUCUACAUAUGGAACCACAAUCCUUUGAGACUGUUUUGGUAGACCCCGGUGAAACAACUACAGAAGUAAUAGUGGAUGCACAAGGAAAUAAACGUGUGAUAGUCAGGCAGGUCAGAAGAACUCUAGUCACCCAACAACAAGUUGUCUCUUCACAACGACAAGAACUUCAUUCCGUCUCAACGAGGGACGGACAUUUAGUGCCCGAAUCUGAACAAACGGCAUUUAGUCAAAUUGUGUUACAGAGUCAACAAACGGCUGUAUCACGUCAGCAAGAUGACGGGAGUACACAUGUAACUCAAAGCAAAGAUUAUACAGGAAGAAUAGCAACAGGGGUUGAUGGGGGCAGUGUAUUGGUCUCUGACUUUAGAAGUCAGCCACCAAGCAACAGUGUCACGCUUCAUGGUAUUCCAACUGCAAAUGAACUUAUGAGACUUGACAGAGCUGAACUGGAAGGAAGAAUAAUCUCUGGUGAUUCUACAUCUCAAAUAACUCUUCCAAUCGAGCUCGACGUCGACUCACAAGAAUUAAUAACAUCAGCUUCGAGUGUAAGAGCGACUGUCCAGCAGGUGUCAAGACGUGUUGUACGCCAAAAAAGGAAAGUUAUCAGAAAAAUUGUUAUCAUUGAUGGCAAAGAACACGUCACGGAGGAGGUGGUUGAUGAGCCCGAGGAAAUAGAGGAAAGUGGUGAAAGCAUACCUAGAGUGAGUAUAGAGAUAAAUAGAUCUGGUGACCGAGGUGCCGCAGAGCAAGAAAGAGGAUACACUUCUUUACCAUCACAAUCUUAUCUGAAAUCUCAGGGAACCUCACCAAUUUUGGACAGACACCGCGCUGAAUCACUGGAAUCUGUUGGAGGAAGUCAAGUUUCAAUAGAAACAAGAGAUUUAGGGUCGAAUGGAAGGUUAUCUGUGGAUGCUAUUUCAAGCUCUGGUGUCAAAGGAAAAAGUCCGUCAGUUUUUUCUCGGUUUGCAAAGCGCACCAAGAAGGCAUUUAAGAAAGCAAUUGGGUCUGAGGGCCAGGAAUAUGUGGUUACUCCAGAUGACGAGAUUCAAGGUGGUGCAGCAGAAUAUUAUGUCAGUACAGAAGAGCUAUCACCUUCCCCCGGAGCUUCUCCAAUCACACGAAGAACAAAACAGAUACAUAAAAAAGCUAAAGGACCUGAUGGAAAAGAAUAUGAUGAAGAAAUCGUUGUCACAGAAGACGGAACAGAUUUAGUCCGAACAAUAAGAAGGGUUAUCAAGAAAGUUGUAGUUGUAGAUGGAAAAGAGCAAGUAGUUGAGGAAAUUGUAGAAAUCCCUUGUUUAGAUGAUUCUCCUUCUGACCAAGCAGUUCCACAAGCAACUAAACCAUCUUCAAGUACUUUGCCAUCUGAACGACCUAUUUCAGAUUCUUCAACUACUCCAUCUCCAAAGACAAAGUCAUUGAUAAGGGAAAAAGAGAGUCCACCAAAAGAGAGCAGACAAAAGGAGCGAUGGUCCAUUAAAGAAACGCUGUUUGGAACGCCAAAAUUAAAAAGACAGAAAUCAAAAGAAAAAUCAACAGAACACGAAAUAAAGUCAAAGAAAAAAAUGGAAACUCCACCUCCACCAGAUGUUUGUGACGAUAGUCCAAGAACCUCCACGCAGCCAUUUCCGAUUGAAGAAAGUAUUUCUAGAAAAGAGAAGUCCCCAGGGCUUUCUGAUGAUAAGGCUACCCCAGGAAAAGAUAGUGUAGACAUUCCAACUGGGGGAGGUGUUGUUGAAGAUUUGUGUGUUGCUGUAAAGGCACCGUCACGGUCUCCGUCACCAGAGAAGGUUUCCAAGAUAGAUAUCAAAGAAGUAGUGUCAGAUUUUGUUAAAAACGAACAAAUGAAACAUGAAGGGUACCCAGAAAAAAUAUUGCCGCUACUAGGUUUUCAAACACCAGUGGCCCCUCCUAGACGAAACAUUCCUGAUCGAAGCCGAUCUAACACUCCAACUCCAGCCCCAAGGGCGUCAGUUUCACCUCAAAGACCUUCAUCUCCUGAUAAAAGACAGCCAGUGGAAGAGGAUAUUAUUACUGAAACUAAAGCAAAGCGUGCACCUUUUGGUGGCGUACUGGUCGGAGUUAAAGUUCCUGAAGACGCUGUGCGUUCCCUUAAGAAGGCCCACAAGACAACUGGCAAAGAAAAUGAUAAUUUAACUCAACAUGAGGAAGAAGUUCCCAAUUUCCUUGCAGGAACCCUUGGCACGACCAAAGGAUCAAUUUCAAGCUGGCAAGUUACUACAACAAAGACUGUGAUACCAACUGUCGUGACAAGGGAGGUAAAAAAGACAAGGAGAAUAGUAAAAAAAGUGUCUCUAGUAGACGGCAGAGAAGUAGUUACUGAGGAAAUAUUGGAUGAGCCCGAGGAAAGUGUUACAGAGUCUGUGAUUACAGGUGAGCCAACUACUACUGUUUUUCAAGAAAAGCAAACUAAAACCCACUCACCAGUGGAAGCCGAUGACGAGGCAGAUGGGGCGCUACCUGAUUACUACAUUUCAAGAGAGGCGAUGAAAUCAAGACCAAAUGAAAAGGUUGAGCAAAUAACAGUUGUCAAAAAAUCUCUUAGUAAUGACGGUGCUGAACAAACUGUGGUUAUUCACAUAAACGAGACUGAUGAAACCGUUGAAAAAACUCAGUUACUUUCAGUAAAAACUGUUACAAAGAUUGUGUAUGUUGUAAUUUACCCCAAUGCCAAUGAGCAUGUUACUGAGACUGAUUUUGAAGUUUUGCCAAAUGACCAAGUUUCUAAAAAGCAGUACCGUGUUUUGAGGAAAAUAGUUCGCUUUGUAAAGGUAAGAGAUGGCAGCAAAGUGGUCACAGAAGAAAAAGAAGAAUCGGAACCUAACGCGACCUAUGACGAUAUGAUGUCAGCUAUAAAUGAUAUCGCUAAAAAAGCACCGAAGUUGCCGGGCUACGAACAUCAAGAAACAACCCAAAGUCCUUCACCUCCUGAACGGAAAAAAAGAGGGGAAGCUAAGAUAUCUAAAGAGUCUCAAGUGUUAAAGGAAAGUCCAACAAGCCCUUCUAAAUAUGGUAAUAUUUUAAAGGUGAAAAUUAUAAGAAAAGUUCAAAGCCAGGAUGGAAAAGAGCGUGUAACAGUGGAAAAGCACGAAGAACCUUUGCCAGAGCACCUUAUCAACCCUCAAAAGUCCCGAAUUGUCCGGAGGGUGAUAAAUGUAACAGUAAGGCCCGAUGGUUCGGAAGAAAUAUCGCAAGAGGAUACAGAGGAAUCAUCACCGAAGAAACCAGGUAUGCUAGCUAGACUUGUAAAGGACACAAAAGACAUGAUGAAAAAGGUUGUGUCAAAUGAAAACCUUGAACACCAAGUAACAGAAAUCCACGAACCUCCUAGUCCUAUGGCGGAAUAUUACGAUCCAUUAGAAGAAAUAACUACUCACCCUGGAGAGCAUGUUAAGACCAUAAAGUUUAUAAGAACAACUAUUUUACCUGAUGGUACUCUUCAAACUACAGAGGAGGACAUGGAACAAGAAAUGAACACUUCAAAAGGAAAGAAAGGAAAAGAAAAGAUCCGUCAAAUAACGAAAGUUGUGUAUCAACUGACCUACCCCACUGGCGAUGAAAUAUAUACCGAAACUGACGCAGAAGAAAUCAAGCCUGGAAAGUUCAAGAUCAUUCGAAAAGUAAUAAGCAUUUUUAAAACUGAGAAUGGUUCAAAAACACUUAUAAGCAAAGAUGAAGUAGACGUUAGAAUGACAGAAACUAAGACAAUUGAAGAGAUUGUUGACGAAAUGGCGCAGAAAGUUCCUGAAAGGAAAAAUGAGCAAAAACAAGAAAUGACUUUGACGAGCAAGUCAAAAACGAGUCUAAAAGCAGAAGAAAAUAUAAUUAUUACUAGAACAAUAAAGAAGUCAAUUGCAGAGGAUGGGUCUGAACAGACAACUGAAAAUAUAACCAAAGAUCUAUUACCAGCAGAUCAAGUUGAUCCUGAGCAUCCAAUCAUUAUUCGCAAAACCAUUUACAUUGUCAUAGGUCCUGACGGCCAGGAGCACGUAACUCAAGAAUAUGUGGAAGAAGAGGCAGACAUUGAUCUCGAAUGUCCAAUAGCCCAAUUAGUAAGAAAAACGAGAAUACAUUUUCCAGAAAUAUACCUGUCGGAAGAAGAAAUUAAAGGUCGGAAGAAUGAAUGGCUUCACCGCAUACAGGUGAUUCGUACUGUUCAAAAAAGCGAUGGGAAGGAACAAACAACAGAAGGGGAAGUCUCAGAACCCCAAAUGGUAAAACCAAAGGAAGCUAACGUAAAAGUAGUAAAAAUAAUCUACGCAUACGUACCAUUAGAAGGCAAUGAGAUUGUUGUGGAGACUGACCUCAAAGAAAUCCAGCCUGGACAAUACCAAGUAAUCCGACGAACAAUUAGAACAAUCGCUAUCCAAGAUGGACGAAAGACAGUCUGUGAGGAAAACGUUGAAGAACCAAAGGACGAAGACCCAGCAUCAUUUGAAAGCAUACGGUCCCUGUUACAAACUAAUAUUACAAAACAUUUACCAUUUCAGUCGAGCAAUCAAAGAACAACGGGCAAUCCUGAAACGAUGCAAGAAACUGCGGGAAAUGCGGAGAAGCAGAUUUCUAAGGCUCACAGCUUCAAACAGGAGCCAUCCGCCGCCUUCAUCCAAAUUGAAAAGUCCUUCUGGGACGAACGGCCGGACUCCAAGAUCACCGUGGCAGCGGCAGCGCCGGCGACGCCGGAGCCCGUCAAGGAGCCCGUCAAGGACAAGAAGGACAAGAAGGAGAAGGAAAAGAAGGUGAAGGAAAAGACGCCAGAGCCCAAGACGCCCGACACCAAGAGCAAGGACAAGAAGCACAAGGAGAAGGCGCCUGUCGUCGAGGACGUCAAGUCCAAGGCUCCCAAGACCGAGGCCUCACCCAAGACCGCCACCCUGGAGCGACAGUCGACCCCCGUGGGCGAGAACAUCAUCAAGGUCAAGAUCAUUCGCAAGGUGAUCGGGCCCGACGGCAAAGAGACGGUCACGGAGGAGAAGCGGGAGGAGCCCAUGCCUGCCGCCCUGAUCGACCCCGCCCGCCCUCGUGUCAUCAAGAGGACGAUUUACAUCGUGGUGAGACCGGACGGCCAGGAAGAAGUGACUCAGGAGGACGUGGACGAACACCCGGAGGGCGGCAAGCCGUCCAUCUUCUCGCGUCUCAGGAAAAUCAUCCGAAAGGUCAUCAUCGGUCCUGACGGCAAGGAGCAAGUCACCGAGGAGGAAGCCCACUUCCCCGAGCUGUACGUGACCCAAGACGACCUGAAGAAGCGUCCGGACGAGUGGGUGCGUCGUGUCAAGCUGAUCCGACGCGUUCAACUGCCCGACGGCUCCGAGCAGACCACGGAGGAGGACGCCGAGGAGCCCGAGGACGCUAUGCCCAAGGGCGCCAAGAAGAAGGUCACCAAGCUGGUGUACGUCAUCGUGCUUCCAGACGGCAAAGAGCAGGUCGUGGAAACCGAUCUCGACGAGACCAAGCCAGGCAAGUUCCGGGUCAUCCGACGUGUGGUGCGCACCAUCACGGUCAAGGACGGCAAGAGGCAGGUGCUGGACGAGAAGGUGGAAGAGCCCCAGCAGGACGAAAAGCCCUCGGCGCUGGACAAAAUCAUCAGCGCCGUGUCGAUCGCCUUCGCGCCCAAGGAGGCCAAGCCCGAGGAGGUGAGGCCAGACCUGCGACCACCCACAGCUGACUUUAUCCAGGUCGAAAGGUCCUUCUGGGACGAACGGCCGGACCCCAAGAUCACCGUGGCAGCGGCAGCGCCGGCGACGCCGGAGCCCGUCAAGGAGCCCGUCAAGGACAAGAAGGACAAGAAGGAGAAGGAAAAGAAGGUGAAGGAAAAGACGCCAGAGCCCAAGACGCCCGACACCAAGAGCAAGGACAAGAAGCACAAGGAGAAGGCGCCUGUCGUCGAGGACGUCAAGUCCAAGGCUCCCAAGACCGAGGCCUCACCCAAGACCGCCACCCUGGAGCGACAGUCGACCCCCGUGGGCGAGAACAUCAUCAAGGUCAAGAUCAUUCGCAAGGUGAUCGGGCCCGACGGCAAAGAGACGGUCACGGAGGAGAAGCGGGAGGAGCCCAUGCCUGCCGCCCUGAUCGACCCCGCCCGCCCUCGUGUCAUCAAGAGGACGAUUUACAUCGUGGUGAGACCGGACGGCCAGGAAGAAGUGACUCAGGAGGACGUGGACGAACACCCGGAGGGCGGCAAGCCGUCCAUCUUCUCGCGUCUCAGGAAAAUCAUCCGAAAGGUCAUCAUCGGUCCUGACGGCAAGGAGCAAGUCACCGAGGAGGAAGCCCACUUCCCCGAGCUGUACGUGACCCAAGACGACCUGAAGAAGCGUCCGGACGAGUGGGUGCGUCGUGUCAAGCUGAUCCGACGCGUUCAACUGCCCGACGGCUCCGAGCAGACCACGGAGGAGGACGCCGAGGAGCCCGAGGACGCUAUGCCCAAGGGCGCCAAGAAGAAGGUCACCAAGCUGGUGUACGUCAUCGUGCUUCCAGACGGCAAAGAGCAGGUCGUGGAAACCGAUCUCGACGAGACCAAGCCAGGCAAGUUCCGGGUCAUCCGACGUGUGGUGCGCACCAUCACGGUCAAGGACGGCAAGAGGCAGGUGCUGGACGAGAAGGUGGAAGAGCCCCAGCAGGACGAAAAGCCCUCGGCGCUGGACAAAAUCAUCAGCGCCGUGUCGAUCGCCUUCGCGCCCAAGGAGGCCAAGCCCGAGGAGGUGAGGCCAGACCUGCGACCACCCACAGCUGACUUUAUCCAGGUCGAAAGGUCCUUCUGGGACGAACGGCCGGACCCCAAGAUCACCGUGGCAGCGGCAGCGCCGGCGACGCCGGAGCCCGUCAAGGAGCCCGUCAAGGACAAGAAGGACAAGAAGGAGAAGGAAAAGAAGGUGAAGGAAAAGACGCCAGAGCCCAAGACGCCCGACACCAAGAGCAAGGACAAGAAGCACAAGGAGAAGGCGCCUGUCGUCGAGGACGUCAAGUCCAAGGCUCCCAAGACCGAGGCCUCACCCAAGACCGCCACCCUGGAGCGACAGUCGACCCCCGUGGGCGAGAACAUCAUCAAGGUCAAGAUCAUUCGCAAGGUGAUCGGGCCCGACGGCAAAGAGACGGUCACGGAGGAGAAGCGGGAGGAGCCCAUGCCUGCCGCCCUGAUCGACCCCGCCCGCCCUCGUGUCAUCAAGAGGACGAUUUACAUCGUGGUGAGACCGGACGGCCAGGAAGAAGUGACUCAGGAGGACGUGGACGAACACCCGGAGGGCGGCAAGCCGUCCAUCUUCUCGCGUCUCAGGAAAAUCAUCCGAAAGGUCAUCAUCGGUCCUGACGGCAAGGAGCAAGUCACCGAGGAGGAAGCCCACUUCCCCGAGCUGUACGUGACCCAAGACGACCUGAAGAAGCGUCCGGACGAGUGGGUGCGUCGUGUCAAGCUGAUCCGACGCGUUCAACUGCCCGACGGCUCCGAGCAGACCACGGAGGAGGACGCCGAGGAGCCCGAGGACGCUAUGCCCAAGGGCGCCAAGAAGAAGGUCACCAAGCUGGUGUACGUCAUCGUGCUUCCAGACGGCAAAGAGCAGGUCGUGGAAACCGAUCUCGACGAGACCAAGCCAGGCAAGUUCCGGGUCAUCCGACGUGUGGUGCGCACCAUCACGGUCAAGGACGGCAAGAGGCAGGUGCUGGACGAGAAGGUGGAAGAGCCCCAGCAGGACGAAAAGCCCUCGGCGCUGGACAAAAUCAUCAGCGCCGUGUCGAUCGCCUUCGCGCCCAAGGAGGCCAAGCCCGAGGAGGUGAGGCCAGACCUGCGACCACCCACAGCUGACUUUAUCCAGGUCGAAAGGUCCUUCUGGGACGAACGGCCGGACCCCAAGAUCACCGUGGCAGCGGCAGCGCCGGCGACGCCGGAGCCCGUCAAGGAGCCCGUCAAGGACAAGAAGGACAAGAAGGAGAAGGAAAAGAAGGUGAAGGAAAAGACGCCAGAGCCCAAGACGCCCGACACCAAGAGCAAGGACAAGAAGCACAAGGAGAAGGCGCCUGUCGUCGAGGACGUCAAGUCCAAGGCUCCCAAGACCGAGGCCUCACCCAAGACCGCCACCCUGGAGCGACAGUCGACCCCCGUGGGCGAGAACAUCAUCAAGGUCAAGAUCAUUCGCAAGGUGAUCGGGCCCGACGGCAAAGAGACGGUCACGGAGGAGAAGCGGGAGGAGCCCAUGCCUGCCGCCCUGAUCGACCCCGCCCGCCCUCGUGUCAUCAAGAGGACGAUUUACAUCGUGGUGAGACCGGACGGCCAGGAAGAAGUGACUCAGGAGGACGUGGACGAACACCCGGAGGGCGGCAAGCCGUCCAUCUUCUCGCGUCUCAGGAAAAUCAUCCGAAAGGUCAUCAUCGGUCCUGACGGCAAGGAGCAAGUCACCGAGGAGGAAGCCCACUUCCCCGAGCUGUACGUGACCCAAGACGACCUGAAGAAGCGUCCGGACGAGUGGGUGCGUCGUGUCAAGCUGAUCCGACGCGUUCAACUGCCCGACGGCUCCGAGCAGACCACGGAGGAGGACGCCGAGGAGCCCGAGGACGCUAUGCCCAAGGGCGCCAAGAAGAAGGUCACCAAGCUGGUGUACGUCAUCGUGCUUCCAGACGGCAAAGAGCAGGUCGUGGAAACCGAUCUCGACGAGACCAAGCCAGGCAAGUUCCGGGUCAUCCGACGUGUGGUGCGCACCAUCACGGUCAAGGACGGCAAGAGGCAGGUGCUGGACGAGAAGGUGGAAGAGCCCCAGCAGGACGAAAAGCCCUCGGCGCUGGACAAAAUCAUCAGCGCCGUGUCGAUCGCCUUCGCGCCCAAGGAGGCCAAGCCCGAGGAGGUGAGGCCAGACCUGCGACCACCCACAGCUGACUUUAUCCAGGUCGAAAGGUCCUUCUGGGACGAACGGCCGGACCCCAAGAUCACCGUGGCAGCGGCAGCGCCGGCGACGCCGGAGCCCGUCAAGGAGCCCGUCAAGGACAAGAAGGACAAGAAGGAGAAGGAAAAGAAGGUGAAGGAAAAGACGCCAGAGCCCAAGACGCCCGACACCAAGAGCAAGGACAAGAAGCACAAGGAGAAGGCGCCUGUCGUCGAGGACGUCAAGUCCAAGGCUCCCAAGACCGAGGCUCACCCAAGACCGCCACCCUGGAGCGACAGUCGACCCCCGUGGGCGAGAACAUCAUCAAGGUCAAGAUCAUUCGCAAGGUGAUCGGGCCCGACGGCAAAGAG